AUGGAUCGCUUUGGCAGUCCAGCACAACCAACUUCGGUCAUUACUGCUACAGCAUUGGGCAGUCAGACCCCAUCGUCUGUCGGCCCGGGUUCAAAUAUGGGACCUUCAUCAAUUUUGGGUGGGGCAGGCCCUAGCUCUGUUUUAGGUCCGUCUUCUAAUCUUGGUAGUCUUGGCCCCUCUUCAAUGGCUAUGUUAGGAAGUGUCGGACCAAGCUCCGUGCUCGGUGGCGGGAGCACCAACCCGAGUUCUCUGCUUGCCGGAGGUGGUCCAAGUUCCAUUUUGGGUAAUGCAGGGCCAAGUUCUGUGCUCAACACUGGCAUGUUGGGAAGUCAUGGUCCAGGAUCUGUAUUAAAUAGUCAAGGAGGCCCCAGCUCCAUUCUUGGAUACAGCCAUGACAGAGGAGGACCGUCGAGUGUAAUCAAUGUUGGGGGUAAUCCUGGUUCUGUUUUCCAGGAUAUGAAUCCAGCUUCUGUUGGGCCUGGAAAUCUUGCUGUUCCAAUGACUCCUCUCGCUGGUGAGCACUUCCAACCGGCAUCCAAUAUACCAAUGAUAGCUACGAACGCUCCACAGACUCCAGGGUCACAGCUUGUCGAUGUACCGUCACCGGCUCUGCAAAAUAUUGUUUCGACUGUUAAUCUUGGAGUGCCCUUAGAUUUGAAAAAGAUUGCACUUCAUGCUCGUAAUGCUGAAUAUAAUCCUAAACGGUUUGCUGCAGUUAUCAUGAGGAUUCGAGAACCGAGAACAACGGCAUUAAUUUUUUCUUCAGGAAAGAUGGUUUGUACAGGAGCAAAAUCUGAGGAAGCAAGCCGAAUGGCAGCGCGGAAGUAUGCGAGGAUAGUUCAAAAGCUUGGUUUCAACGCCAAGUUUACGGAAUUCAAAGUUCAGAACAUGGUUGGUUCUUGCGAUGUUCGUUUUCCAAUCCAGUUAGAGGGCUUGUGUCUUACGCACACUCAGUUCUCAACUUAUGAACCAGAGUUGUUUCCUGGACUUAUUUAUCGAAUGGUAAAGCCGCGUGUGGUCCUCCUAAUAUUCGUAAGCGGAAAAGUUGUCAUUACUGGCGCAAAGUACAAGAAAGAUAUAGAUGAUGCGUUUAAUCAGAUUUAUCCAAUAUUGAAAGGAUUUAAGAAAUGA